CUGAGUAACGUGACGUCCGUUGCUUCAAACCCAGGAAGUGUUUGUUACGUCAGAAAUGUCUCCAAACUUCGUGCAUCAGCACCUAAGCGGACAGCGUCACUUCUAAACCCGUCGUGGAUCCUACCGCCAGCUGGGAACCGAGUCAGCCGUUGUGUUUGUAACAUGAGGAUAUGGAGGAGCGGAAACUAAAGCGGAAAAGUCCCCGGCCCUCAGCCAAUCCGGUGCCAGCUGUGGCAGUGGGGGGCGGGUCCGGGCGGAAGAACAUCACGGGCGACGGCGCCGCUCACACGCAGACGGGGACGCAGAGGUCCAAGAGUCGGAGGGGCGUCAGGGACAAGUCCAAGUCCUUGCCGGCCUCGGGGGCCAAAGCCACCCCCACCCCGGGCCCCGGGGCCCCUAUCAUCCAGCACUCGUUCCUGACGGACGUGUCCGAUGUCCAGGAGAUGGAGAAAGGCCUUCUGGGUCUCCUCAACGACUUCCACUCUGGGAAGCUUCAAGCGUUUGCUGUUACUCGGAGUGAUGGUUGUCUCAAAGGAAGUGAGCUGAACCACAGCAACGAGUGCUCCAUCGACCAGAUGGAGCAGGUGCGUGAGAUGCAGGAGAAGUUGGCGCGGCUGCACUUUGACCUCUACGGCGAAGUGGACGGGAUGCCCGACGACCAGCGCAAGGCCGCCUGCGACAGCAACAUGGACAAGCUGCUCAACAACGCGGGUCUUCAGCAUGGUCCACUGGUCUUGGAUUUGGUCAACAGCAACCCCAGAGGAUGUGAGCACGUCUUUAAAGGUUACAGUCAAAACCUCCACUUCAGAUUCACCAAAUUCUGGAGACACGGAUAGGCUGGAGGAGCUGAGCUCAUCAAUUCAGAAGCUGAACCUGGCCGACUCCCAGGAGAUCCCCCGGACAGCCAGCAUCUGACCUCCUCUUCCUCCUUCUCUCUCUCUCGCGCUCUCUAUCUCAGUGCGGAGGGGCCCGUGUCGGAGCGUGUCAACACUAUCUGGUUCACUAUUAUCAUGAUCAUUGAUUAUCACAGAUCGACCAGCAUUCUGAGCAGUGCACCAGCAGUCAAUGGAUUAACAAAUGAUUUGAAUGAUUGAAUUGUUGAUUCCCACUCUGCCCCCUCUCCCCCUCUCAUCACUUCUCGUUCCCACUAAGUGUUGGCUCGGUCAGCUUCGGUUCGCUGGUCUCAAGUGUUUAUCAAAGGGUGUACAGUUCUACUAGGGACUCCUCUUAAGGUCAGAGGUCAAUCUCAACUGCCACAUUUUGUAUUGUACACCGAAAGGUUUAUGGGUAAGGGGGUGGGGUAAAUCCUCGAAACAUAUUGUAUCAUAUAAUAUAUCUUUAGCUCCGGUCACUUUAGACGAUGUCAUUGUCUCACUCUCGAGUCAGCGUUGAAAAAAGAAACGCGAUCCCGAAUGACUUUUGCAGUAAGCAGUCUCAGUUCGUCGGGUAUGUAAGUUUUUAGUCUCCUUAUCGGGGGCACCAUGGAGAACUGUGCUUCACUCAGCAGAACCUGAAAUUCCAGCCAGCUAACAAACAAAAAAAUGUGUUUAGCGGAAAUGUAGUCCUCUCUAUCCUGUUCUGAGUCCGUCUAAAAUGAGACGAUGGGAUUAGAUCUUAAGAUUUAUGGAUUCCUAGAUCUUUAGAUUUAUUGAUUUCUAGAUCUCAAAAUGUCUGGGUAUCUAUAUCUCUAGAUUGCUUGGUCUCUAGAUUUAUUGAUUUCAAUAUCUAUAUCUCUUAUAAUAAAUCUAAGAUUUCUUGCUCUCUAGAUUUCUAGAUCUCUACAUCUGUGUCUCUAGAUUUCUGGAUUUCUAGAUCUCUAGAUUUGUUAUAAGCGCUAGGGUCAAUGAAUGAUGAAGAAUGAUUUUCUUUGUGUGGGACCCCAAAUUGCAAAAUUGCUAUUUAUUCUGACUAAGAUCAAAAACUUUUCUUGAUUUCUAGAUCUCUAGAUUUUUGGGACCCUAUAUUUCUAGAUUUCUGGGUCCCUAGAUCUCUAUAUUUCAGGGUCUCUAGAUUUAUAGAUCUCUAGAUUUCUGGGUCUCUGGAAACAGGGUCUCUUGUGAACCGAGUUUGAAAGUGGAAUUACAUUCAGGCUACGCGAGAUCGACCGAAGUGGUUUUUGUAAGAGAUGUUUGACAUUUCAACUUUGACCUUCUCUUACCUGAAACGGCUGCAGCCUUUACCUUGGGCCGCGGGUUGGACUCCACACGACAAAUCUAAAAUCGUAGCUUUGAUUGUAGAAUUUGAUUCGCAGUAAAACACGUUUACCCCAAAAACACUUACGUGUAAAUGUGUUCCGGGCUGAAUGAACGAUAAUGAAUGUUUUGUUUUUGUGUGUGACCCCCGAAUUGCAAAAUCUCUUUUGAUCUGACUAACAUCAAAAACAGUAUUGUUUGUUGUUUUCGUUCAUAUUUGCACAUAUCUGCUCAUAUUUGUGAACAAACCAUGCCUUACCUUACUUUACUAAUCAUAUGAUCGCCUUGUUCUGAAUUCGUAGGUUUUAUUGGUUGAAUUUAAUAUAUUUUAGUCGAGGCUGAAGAUGCAAUGGUUGUUUGCUGCUUGUAUCGAAAAGGAAAAAAGAUUUAUAUUUUUUGUGUGUGUGCGUCUCGAGUUACUUAUUAUUGUAAAAACAACAGUUUCUUGAUUUCGCUUGGACAUCUACGGUAAUAAAAAAAUGACUAUUGAAAUCCUACACUAUGCUAUUGUUUCACCUUUUUAUGACAAAUGUACUUAUUGUAAGUCGCAUUGGAUAAAAGCGUCUGAUAAAUUACCUGAAUGUGAAUGUA